GUCAUACACUGUAGCAGUUACGGGCAGCGCACUGUGUGUACUGUGCUGUGGAGUCUUCUGUCUAACAAACGCAAAGCAAAAUGCAAAAUGCAUAAAUAAAGAAACGCAAAGCGGAGGGUUGCGUUCACUAACUAAACUCGCUGGAGCCGGAGAUUGCCUGCAGCGGCGGUGUCUGCAGCUGCAGCAUUCAGUUGCCGUCGGAAUUUUUUAAAGCAAUCAAAAAUCAGUUCCAAAUCACACUCGCGCGUAUCCGCGCACAGAGAGAGACAGACCGACGCGCUCAUCAAAGUCCAGUGCGGGGUUUUGCAGAAAAGAAAGAACGAAAGAAAGGAAGAAAGAAAGAACGAAAGAAAGAAACCCUGGAAAAGCAAAUGGAUAUCGGAGCGUUAUGAGUUAUACCAAAUCUAACAACACCACCACCGACAAGCUGGGAAGGGGAGAGAGGAGGAGAGACGGAGAGGAGAAGAUGAAAAGCGAGAGAGACUUGAAUUAAGUGGCUUUGAUUGACUCUCUGGAUCACACUUUCUUUUUUUUUUUUAAAGAAAAUAUUUUAACUGGAAGCGCAUGGGCUACACUGCUGUAAAACAGUGUUGCCAUUGAUAUAUCUUUAUGUAAACAGCAUUGCAGUUUCGUUUUACAAAAAGGGAACUGUGUGUUGGCCGGUGACCGCUUCAGUUGCAAAUUCUGCAGUUGUUUGAUCUAGAAUUUCACAAACGGCAAACGUUUCACGACCGGAGUUAUGGAUAACAAGAGGUGAUUGCUGCGGGUAACACACACUGAAUACCAGACAGGGACAGUAAAUCGCAGUACGGAGUAGUGUGUGCGAAACGGGGACGAAUAACUCAGCAGGGAUAAGCCAGAACGAUUUUCCAAUAAGAGACUGAUAAAAAAUAGUAAUAAAAAAACCGCAAUAAAUUCAACUAUAAAAAAGUGAUCUAUUAUUAUUGCGACAUGGGUGAGGGAGUGGGUAACUUCGGGGCAGUCUGCGAGACAGACGGCUGCGCGUCUUCAUCUGAAAUGAAACGAGGAUAUUUGUCAUCAUUUUCCAUCAUUUAAGCUGGAAAGCAUUCUCAUACUGAAACGGGAGCUUUAGUUUUGGGAAUGCAAUCGUGAUUGGUUUAGGGACAAGCCGCUGUGUUACUUGCCUAUAUACCCAUUUUUUUCAAGAAAUAAGAAAACCGAAUAAUCCCAACCCAGCGUGACUAUUUGCACUGUGAUUGAUUUUUCUAUAUUACAGUAUUUUUUUUGUGGUAGCAAAAAUAAUAUCCAAUAUUGGAAUAUUAAAACAAUAACCUUACAUCGGAGACCCAGUUUCACAUGCUUUGUACUGUAAAUAUACAUAGCCUACAGAAAAUAUUUAUUUUGCAAAGUUAUUUACUUAAUAAUAGCCAGAUUUAUUUAGUUGUCUUUAGUUUUUUCCCCCCUCUGUAUAAAUAAAAAAGGGGUUAUAAUUUGUAAUCGCAUAUUAUUUGCACUAUGAUGGAGCCACAACCGUGCCCGAAAAAGAGCAUGUCUCUCUCGCUGACUGUGCCCCGAGAAGGGCAGGCGACUCUGAAGCCUCCACCGCAGCAUCUGUGGAGGACACCGCGGACCCACAUCAAGAUAAAGCACCGGGGAUAUUCGGAUACCGACCGGCACCACCACCGGCAGAUAGAGCGCUCCAACGCCAUGGACACGAGCGACAGACCCGGACUCAAAAAGUCUCGCAUGUCCUGGCCGUCCUCAUUCCACGGGACUACCAGCACGUCGAGCGGCAACUGCACCUCCAAACGUUUCGAGGUGGAGAAUGGCCCCUCCCCAGGCCGCAGCCCCUUGGACUCGCAGGCGAGCCCGGGCCUGGUGCUGCACCCCUCCUUCCCGCAGAGCCAGCGGCGAGAGUCCUUCCUGUACCGCUCCGACUCCGACUACGACAUGUCUCCCAAGACCAUGUCCCGAAACUCGUCCAUCACCAGCGAGGCGCAUACUGAGGAUCUCAUAGUCACCCCCUUUGCACAGGUGCUGGCUAGUUUACGCAGCGUAAGAAACAACUUCUCUAUUCUUGCCAAUGUCACCACCCCUACCAACAAGAGGUCGCCAGUCGUCAGCCAGCCCACAGUUUCCAAGGCCUCCCUUUCAGAGGAAACGUAUCAGCAACUGGCCAAAGAAACUCUGGAGGAACUGGAUUGGUGUCUGGACCAGCUGGAGACCGUUCAAACCUACCGCUCCGUCAGCGAGAUGGCCUCCAACAAGUUCAAGAGAAUGCUGAACAGGGAGCUCACUCACCUGUCAGAGAUGAGCCGGUCGGGGAACCAGGUGUCAGAAUACAUCUCCAGCACCUUCCUGGACAAGCAGAAUGAUGACGUGGAGAUCCCGUCGCCCGUGCAGAAGGAACGUGAGAAGAAGAAGAAGAAACAGCAGCCCAUGUGUCAGAUCAGUGGUGUCAAGAAACUCACGCACAGCUCCAGCCUGACCAACUCCAGCAUCCCUCGCUUCGGGGUCAAGACUGACCAGGAGGACAGCCUGACCAAGGAACUGGACGACUUAAACAAGUGGGGCCUUAACAUCUUCCGAGUGGCCGAGUUCUCCAAUAACAGACCGCUAAGCUGUAUAAUGUUCGCCAUUUUCCAGGAGAGAGAUUUAAUGAAGACCUUUAGGAUCCCAGAGGACACAUUUAUCACGUACAUCAUGACCCUGGAAGAUCACUACCACGCCGACGUGGCCUAUCACAACAGCCUCCACGCUGCCGACGUCACGCAGUCCACACACGUCCUCCUGUCCACGCCCGCACUCGAUGUGAGUACAGAUUUGACCGUCUUCACGGAUCUGGAGGUUCUGGCAGCCUUAUUUGCUGCUGCAAUCCACGAUGUGGAUCACCCAGGGGUCUCCAACCAGUUCCUGAUCAACACCAACUCGGAGCUGGCUCUGAUGUACAACGACGAGUCGGUGCUGGAGAACCACCACCUGGCUGUGGGCUUCAAGCUGCUGCAGGAGGAGAACUGUGACAUCUUCCAGAACCUGAGCAAGCGGCAGCGACAGAGCCUCCGCAAGAUGGUCAUCGACAUGGUCCUGGCGACAGACAUGUCCAAGCAUAUGACCCUGCUGGCUGACCUCAAGACAAUGGUGGAGACCAAGAAGGUGACGAGCUCUGGAGGGCUGCUGCUGGACCACUACACUGACCGGAUGCAGGUGCUGAGGAACAUGGUGCACUGUGCCGAUCUCAGCAACCCCACCAAGCCCCUGGAGCUGUACCGGCAGUGGACAGACCGCAUCAUGGAAGAGUUCUUCAGACAGGGGGAUAAGGAGCGUGAGCGGGGCAUGGAGAUCAGCCCCAUGUGCGACAAGCACACCGCCUCCGUGGAGAAAUCGCAGGUGGGGUUUAUCGACUACAUAGUGCACCCCCUCUGGGAGACGUGGGGGGACCUGGUGCACCCUGACGCGCAGGACAUCCUAGACACUCUGGAGGACAACCGGGACUGGUACCAGAACAUGAUCCCCCAGAGCCCCUCUCCACCGCCAGACGACCCGGACAGAGAGCACGACGCCUGUCUGGACAAAUUCCAGUUCGAGCUGACCCUGGAGGAGGACGGGGAUGGAGAGGGGCAGAACCACCGGGACCCGGGGGGAGACCUGCCCUGCUCGCCCCAGAGAGGGGAGGGGCAGCUGGGGGAGCAGGAGGAGAGCCAGGGCCCGGCGGUGGUGGUGGUGGUGGUGGGAGAAAACGGACAUUCGGAAGGGAGUCCUGAAGAGGAAGAGGAAGAGGAUGAGGAGAAAAAAAACGACACAUCCUCCCCCGCUGAAACAUGAGCCCGGCCUUUUUUUUUUUUUUUUUUUUUUAAAUGGGUGUUCGGGAGUAAGGGAGACU